CUAAAAGCAUGGCGGCUCCCUACUUAGCCACUCACGGCCGCCUCUCCUGGCUUGGUAGCUUGGCAAUUGCCUGCUGCCUGCUGAUGGAGGUGGCCGCCUGGGCUGGUUUAGCUCAGGCCCACGGCCUGCGCGUCGAUUACUAUAAGCACACCUGCCCUUCUGCCGAGGCAGUGGUGCGGCAGACCGUCGCCAAGGCCGUUGCUCGUGAUUCCGGCGCACCAGCCGGCCUGCUCCGGAUGCAUUUCCACGACUGCUUCGUCAGGGGUUGUGAUGCAUCUGUGCUGCUGGACUCUACACCCGGCAACACGGCCGAGAAGGAUUCUCCUAUAAACAACCCCAGCCUCAGUGGCUUCGAUGUCAUAGAUGAAGCCAAGUCCGUAUUGGAGUCGCAAUGCCCUCAGGUGGUGUCUUGCGCCGACAUCCUUGCCUUUGCAGCUCGAGAUUCCAUCCACAUCGCCGGAGGAUUUUACUAUGCGGUGCCGGCUGGGCGACGGGAUGGCCUUGUCUCCAAGGAAUCCGAUGUCGCGGAGAACAUCCCGAUGCCGUUUUUCGACGUCAAGCAAUUGGAAGAAAACUUCGCGAGAAAGGGCCUUUCUCUUGAGGACAUGGUCACGCUAUCAGGCGCACACACCAUUGGAGACUCCCACUGCUCAUUGUUCUCCGAUCGACUCUAUGACUUCAACUCCACGGGCGCUGCGGAUCCAUCCAUGGACCCCAAGUACGUGUUGUAUCUGAAAACGAAGUGUCCAGCUCCGGGCUCGUCUCAGGAUCCGACGGUGCCAUUGGACGUGACCACACCAAAAAGAGUGGAUAACAAAUACUACGUGAACCUCAAGUACCACCGUGGCCUCCUCUCGUCGGACCAAGCACUCAUGGAUAGGGCAGACACGGCCAGCAUGGUCCGUGCCAACAUCAACCGUGGCUCCAUGUGGGCCCAUAAAUUUUCUGAAUCGAUGGUGCGGAUGGGCUCAAUCGAGGUGCUCACUGGGUCGCAGGGGCAGAUCAGAAAGUCCUGCAGAGCUGUCAACUGAAGUACCAACAGGUUUUCCAUGGAGAAGGAAGCUGCAUAUAUAAUAUAUUGGUGUCGUUUUGUAGGGUUUUGCAGGAUGAUCUCUCGUCGCCCUGCACUGUUAAAAUAAAAAACUUUAUUUGCGUCUUGUAGGCUUUGCAGGAUGAUCGCUCGUCGUCCUGCUCUGUUUCAAUAAAAACUUUAUUUUCCCAUUACAAAAUGGUCGAUCCGUUCCACGCUAUACUGUGUAAU